CAAAAGGAGGCGGCUGGAACAAUGAGUUCCGCUUUCCCAGAUACUCGAAUCCUUGGUGAACCUCCGGAAUCCUAGGUUCGUACUGUUCUCGGAGUUUUGCCUUACAAGUAUUCUCAAACUCCUCGUCCUGUGCACCAGUGAGGUCGGACUCAUAGGAAUCUUUCUUGAGGGGAAAUUUAGAAGUCAAGACCGUUUCCGGGAGCAGCUUAUAAGGGGACGCUCACUUCCGGCGGAGGGAGGCUUUCUGACCCGGAAUGGAGGAGGCGGAGGAGCUGCUGUUGGAGGGGAAGGCAUUGCAGUUCGCCCCCGAGCCACGCCUGGGCCCGGACUUAGGAUGGAGCUCUUCCGAAGAAGGCUGUGCUCAGGGCUUCAAAGACUUCCCGCCCGGGCCGCCCCGAGCCAUCCUCGCUUUAGAGAGCCUCCCCCGGGGCUUGGCCCUUGGCCCCUCGCUUGCCAAGGAACAGCGCCUGGGGGUCUGGUGUGUCGGGGAGGCCCUGAAGCCUGGACUACUCUGGGGGCCACUGGAAGAGGAGUCUGUCUCUGAGGAGAAGGGCGAAGGAGUGAAGCCACCGCAGGAUGAGGACCUGUCGUUAGACCCAUGGGAAGAUGUGUGUGCCUGUGAACAGAGUUCAGGCUGGACCAGUUUGGUGCAGCGAGGCAGGCUGGAGAGUGAGGGAAAUGUGGCCCCAGUGUGGAUCAGCAAGAGGCUCCAUCUGCAGGUGUAUCAGGCUGUGCUGCCAGGCUUUGAGCUGCUGCUAUGGCCCCAGCCUCCCUCUGAGGUCCUGAGCACCACCCAGCCCCAGCUAGAGGAAGAGGCAGCUAUGGCUGUGGUGACAGAAGUGGAGUCUGCUGUACAGCAAGAGGUGGCCUCCCCAGGGGAGGAUGCAGCAGAACCUUGCACAGAUCCUAUUCUCCAGUCACCUCCUAGCAUCCAGGCAGAGAGCUUGGUGAGCCCUGGACUGAAGUCCCAAACUCAGGACCAACUUUCCAAGGAUAGCCAACCUCUUGGCCCAUUGCUUCAGAAUGGCAACAUGGAUGAGGAAUACCCACUCCAGGCACAGAUGCCACCUGAACCUCAGAGCAGCUCAGCUACCCAGCAGAGCCCAGAGAGCAGUGAAGCCAAUCUCUCAUCUUUUGCCAGGGGCACCCAGCUGCAUGCCCACCUGGCCAAGAAGUUACGUAGCCCCAGUGAUCAAUGCCCACCCAGAACAAAGACCUCAGAGCCUGGGGCCCAGCACCCUGGCUUCCCUGUACUCUUGCAGAGUCCUCCUGGCCCAGCAGGAAGCUCCCCAAAGAAGGGGCGACGGUACCGGUGUGGGGAGUGUGGCAAGGCAUUCCUGCAGCUAUGUCACCUAAAGAAGCAUGCGUUUGUGCACACGGGCCACAAGCCCUUUCUUUGCACUGAGUGUGGCAAGAGCUAUAGCUCAGAGGAAAGCUUCAAAGCCCACAUGCUGGGCCACCGUGGGGUGCGGCCCUUCCCCUGCCCACAAUGUGACAAGGCCUAUGGUACCCGACGAGACCUCAGGGAACACCAGGUGGUACAUUCAGGUGCCCGGCCCUUUGCUUGUGACCAGUGUGGCAAGGCCUUUGCUCGCCGGCCCUCCCUGCGGCUGCAUCGCAAGACCCACCAGGUGCCAGCUGCCCCCGUCCCAUGCCCAUGCCCCGUAUGUGGGCGGCCUCUGGCCAACCGGGGCUCCCUGCGCAACCACAUGCGGCUCCACACGGGGGAAAAGCCCUUCCUGUGCCCAUACUGUGGUCGGGCAUUCCGCCAGCGGGGCAACCUACGUGGGCACUUGCGGCUACACACUGGGGAGCGUCCUUACCGCUGCCCGCACUGUGCCGAUGCCUUCCCCCAGCUCCCUGAACUACGGCGCCAUCUCAUCUCCCACACUGGGGAGGCCCACUUGUGCCCCGUGUGUGGGAAGGCCCUCCGAGACCCGCAUACGCUCCGUGCUCACGAGCGCCUGCACUCCGGAGAAAGGCCUUUCCCUUGCCCCCAGUGUGGCCGUGCUUACACACUGGCUACCAAGUUACGGCGCCACCUCAAAUCCCACCUGGCAGAUAAGCCCUACCGCUGCCCCACUUGUGGCAUGGGCUACACCCUCCCCCAGAGCCUCAAGCGACACCAGCUCAGUCACCAGCCUGAGGCACCCUCCACCCCACCCUGUGUUCCUCCUGCUGCUUCUGAACCCACCGUGGUGCUACUGCAGACUGAACCAGAACUGCUGGACACGUGCAGCGAACGGGAAGUCUCCACAGCCAGGGACGUCGUAGAGGUCACCAUUUCAGAGAGCCAGAAGUGCUUUGCUGAGCCUGAGGAGCCAGGUCCCACCCCCAGCCUGGUGCUAAUCCAUAAGGACAUGGGCUUUAGUGCCUGGGCAGAAGUGGUGGAGGUGGAGACAGGCACCUGACACCUUCGCCUUCUAACAGAUCUCUAUAAAGACUUGUGUUUCCUG